AAUAAGCAGCGCGUACGAUCAGCACAAAGCCCAGCGAGGAAGGGGCGGAGCGCAGCCGGAGUAAAGUAGCAGCGCGGCUCGGGUCGGGCUGAGGCUGAAGCUGCACGGCUCGCAUCAGUGCUGGAUACGCAGGAGAGGAGCUGCAGCUCCGGGGAGAGACUGACAACUCCAGCAGCGAGACGCGGAGAGAGACAGAGAGGGGGCCGGCAGCGCGCGGGGACAGAGCGCGAGGGUCGGGAGAGGGUCGCUCUCAGACAGCCGCGCGCGCAGUGAGAGAAGUGCACGUGAGGAGAGGGGAGCACCUCCACAUCCAGCACACACAGCUGAAGAGAGGAGAGCGAGGACAGACAGGCGCGCGGAGGCUGCGGCUGCAGUUUGCUGAGGAGCACCUGACUAUACUCAAAAGAUCUCAUUAGACUGUGAUGAACAACAUCAUCUUCCACAGACCCAAGGCAGUGCUACAUUGCCUCUGAAAGGAAGUCAUGUCACGUCACCACCACCGGUUUGAGCGGGACUACCGAGGGCCCUGGGAGCGCCGGGACCGCACUGCUGGCAUCCACAAUGGGGUGGCCAACAGUGCCUGCUCCCCCGCCGGCCCACCCCUGGCCAACGGCAACAACCGCCCCGGCCUCCUCCCUCUGCCAGUCAUCCCCUCACUCCUGCCCAGCCCCGUCACCAUCACUGUAACCACAAGCAGCACCGAGCUGGGCGUGAAGCGAGCUUCUUCGGCUUCGGUGGCAGCGCCCGCUGUGAAGGCUGCAGGUCUUUCUCCUGGGGAGAAUCAGACACCUGGCCUCCUUUUGGCUCCUGGGGUGAGAUGGGGCCAGACGCCUAUCAACCAGUCCACACCAUGGGAAACGGACGAGCCUCCAGCCAAACAGCACAGAGAGAGCGACGCCACCGGGCCUCCGUGGGUGCCUCCGGUGGUUGCGGUCAGUCAGCCCAGCCUGUUAGCCCACUCCUACGGGAUGCCUCAGCCCCCGGUCUACAGCCAGGGAGUUUCUGUCCAGUCUCCAGUCAUAGGUGUAACCCCAGCCAUUCAGACCCCAGUAGUCCCCCAUCAUCCCCUCAUGACCGCCCACUUCCAAGUACCCCCCCACUCCGCACAGCCCCCGCACGGCCUGGUGCUCAGCCUACCGAACCAGUCGCCUUACGCCACCAGCCAGCCGCCCAUCGCCCCGUCGCCCUUGACGACCGGAGGGCAAGUAGCCCACCCGGCCCCUCAGACCGUAUUGGGCAACGGUCACCUGACCCACCCGCUCAUGCAGCCUCCCGCUUUGCCUUCUGCCGCACUGCCGCUCACCAACGGGCAGGCAGCCCCUCAUCCCCCGCCGGCCUCAGCUAAUCAGGAGGGUCCAAACGGGCUUCAGAUGCUUCGUACGGUCGGGAUGGGGAAGUACGAGUUCACAGAUCCCGGACACCCUAAAGAGAUGUUGAAGGAGCUGAACCAGCAGCGCAGGGAGAAAGAAUUUACAGACCUGAAAAUUAUAGUUGAAGGCAAAGAGUUUGAAGUCCACCAAAAUGUUCUAGCUUCCUGCAGCUUGUAUUUCAAGGACCUGGUGAAAAGGUCACUUGGGGAGACGGGCAGUGGAGAGAAGCUGGAGCUGAAGAUGACUAACAUCAGCGCUGAUGUUCUGGACAUGCUUUUGGAGUUCGUCUACACCGGCUCACUGGUCAUCGACUCGGUCAACGCUAAGACUCUGCUGGAGGCUGCCAACAAGUUCCAGUUCAACACCUUCUGCAAAGUCUGCGUGUCUUUCUUAGAGAAGCAGCUGACGGCGGGCAACUGCCUGGGGGUGCUGGCCAUGGCCGAGGCAAUGUGCUGCACGGAGCUCCACAACAUGGCCAAAGCCUUCGCCCUGCAGAAUUUCCCAGAAGUGGCCGGCCAGGACGAGAUCCUCAGCAUCUCCAAAGCGGACCUGGUCAGCUACCUGUCCAACGACAGCCUCAACACCAAGGCAGAGGAGCUGGUCUAUGAGACGGUCAUCAAAUGGAUCAAAAGGGAUCCAGUCAACAGAGUGCAGCACAUAUCCGAGUUGCUGGCAGUAGUGAGGCUGCCGUUCAUUCACCCCAGCUAUCUGCUGAAUGUGGUGGACAACGAGGAGCUGAUCAAGUCGUCUGAGGCCUGCCGAGACCUGGUGAACGAGGCCAAGCGCUACCACAUGCUGCCACACGCACGGCAGGAGAUGCAGACGCCCCGCACUCGGCCACGGCUGUCUGCAGGAGUAGCAGAGGUGAUCGUGCUGGUCGGAGGUCGACAGGCCAUCGGCAUGAAUCAGCGCUCCCUCACGGCGGUCACCUGCUACAACCCUCAGAACAGCAAGUGGUACCCUCUCGCCAGCCUGCCUUUCUACGACCGAGAGUUCUUCAGCGUCAUCUCAGCGGGGGACAACAUAUAUCUUUCAGGUGGUACAGAGUCAGGGGUUACGGUGGCAGAUGUUUGGUGCUACAUGUCCCUGCUGGACAACUGGAAUCUGGUGUCCCGCAUGACUAUACCACGCUGCAGACACAACAGCCUGGUGUACGACGGGAAGCUCUACACUAUUGGAGGACAGGGAGUGGCUGGAAACCUGGAUCAUGUUGAGAGAUAUGACACCAUCACUAACCAGUGGGAGACAGUGUCUCCACUGCCCAAGCCUGUCCACUCAGCAGCAGCCACUGUGUGCGGGGGGAAGGUGUACGUGUUCGGAGGGGUGAAUGAAGCUGGACGAUCGGCUGGAGUCCUGCAGUCUUACGUCCCUCAGACCAACACCUGGAGCUUCAUAGAGUCGCCUAUGAUUGACAACAAGUACGCCCCUGCCGUAAGCCUCAACGGAUUCAUCUUCAUCCUGGGCGGAGCUUACGCCAGAGCCACCACAAUCUACGACCCGGACAAGGGCAACAUCAAAGCGGGGCCAAACAUGAACCACUCCAGACAGUUCUGCAGUGCGGUCAUCCUUGACGGGAAGAUCUGUGCCACAGGAGGCAUUGUGAGCAGCGAGGGGCCGGCGCUGGGCAACAUGGAAACCUUUGAUCCUGCUACCAAAACGUGGACACUCCUACAGAACCUGCCCUGCCCGCUCUUCAGACACGGCUGCGUAGUGAUCAAGAAGUACAUCCAGAGCGGCUGAACCGCGGCCCAGGCGCACGGCCCUUCUCCUCGGCGCACUGCAGGGAUCAAAGACAAAAAAAAUCGCAGAGUGUGUGUCUGACAUUAAAGAGACUGGUGUCUCCCAGGCUGGCUCCCCACAGACUCCCACCAGCUGUCCUGAUGGACGGACUGGAGCGGAAUCCCGACGCUCCGCGGGUCCAGACUCUGUACGGGGUGCUGUAGAGUAGCGUAGCCCCUCGCUCUCACAGGUGUUGUGCCAUUUGAACACUAUGCUAUCUGAAUACCAAGCCUGUCGUUCCAAUCUGUUUUCCUUUGUCUGAAAUUCAGACGUGUUCUUUUCUUACCUUUUUCCUUUGAUGUUUCUUUUUUUUAUGUCUUUUUUUUUCCCAAUCACAUCUGUCCCCUUUAGUCAAAACAAACACACACAUCAUUUUUUCCAUGAGCACAUCUCUCUUAUAAAAAAAAGAUGCCGAAUUCAAAAGAGUUUGUUUCCUCUUACAGUUUAUCUCACUCGUCUUGUCAUGGCGUGACUUUGCAGGACAAUACAAUACAAUAGAGCUUCUCUUAUCUGUUCAGAAGGACAAAGCUACAGCAGAAGCUUCCGUAAACAUAUCAGAAAGGGCAUUACUUCACUCCCAAACAGAAUGGAGGCUUACUCUCAGGGCUGUUUAACGCGGUCCCUGCGGUCCGACAGUAAGAACACGGUCACAGGACGACACGUCACAUCAUCAUACAGAAAGAACCGGACCAGAUGAAGACGUGAUUGUUCGGAAGAUCUUUAUUUUAUUUUUUUCCGUUUCCCCCUGGAACACAGCCAAAGCACAAUCUGCUCAUCAUUCUGAGAGGGAAGCUCUGCAUCUCACCCCCUCACCACCAGCUGAAGCAGGAGCUGUGGGAGCAAGAGCUGGGGGUCCUGUAUCAUAGGAAAGGAAAUAUGUAUAUUUUAAAACGGAGGGUAAUUCUGUAUAAAUGUUUUUAGAAUCAUUGGUUAGGUUGGACAAAAAUGUCUGUAAAUCUGUACCCAAAAGGGACCAUUUACAUAUGUUAUUAAUGAUGAAACAUAAUAUACAUAUCCAAAAUUCUAAA